AUGAAGGUGGCGGUGUGGAAUUGUCGAGGUGCAGGAGGCCCCUUGACAAUUCCCCAACUAAAGGAGGUAAUUCACCUCCACUCUCCUAGCAUUGUGUUUUUGUGUGAGACAAAAAACCAGGAAACAUUUAUGAAAAAGGUACGAAAAAGAGUUAAGUUUGAGAAUGGCUUUGUUGUGAGCUCUAAGGGUAGAGCAGGGGAAUUAGCAUUGUUUUGGAAGGAGGAUGUGACAUUGCUGGAUGUACAAGGUACUGAUUGGUAUAUUGAAGCAAGGGAGGUAGAUAAGGACACUAAUGAAUACUGGUGGAUGGUAGGAAUUUAUGCAAGUACGGAGGACAGUGUAAGAAAGCAACAACGGAAGGCUAUAGAGGGAAAAAAGAGGGAAUGGGGUGAGAAAUGGGUGCUGGUGGGAGACUUCAAUGAUAUCUGCUCUAAUGGGGAGAAAUGGGGAGGGAGAGAAAGGUCAGAGGGUAGCUUUAGGGACUUUAAUAGUUUUAUCUCUGGUAAGGAACUGGUGGAUAUAGGAUAUGAAGGGGUACCUUGGACCUGGAGUAAUACAUGGGAGGGGAAGGGUGAGAUAAAAGAGAGGCUAGAUAGAUGUUUAGGUAGUGUGGGGUGGGUGCAGAUGUAUGAGAAAGCAACCUGCGAACAUGUUGAAAAGGAGGCAUCUGACCACUGCCUUCUAAUUUUGGACACAACCCCAUUGCAAAGAAGAGUGAAAAGAAGAUUCUACUUUGACCAACGAUGGGCAAAAGACAAAACAUCUCAUGAAGUAAUCAAAAGAGCGUGGGGGAUAGAACAACAUGGCUCUGGAAUGUUUAAGGUGGCAAGAAGAAUCAAAGAGUGUAGAAUUGCAUUGAUCGAAUGGAAUAGGACAAUUAAAGGCAAUACAAAAGCAAAGAUACAGGAGUUGAAGGAGCAACUAAAAGCACUAAGGGAGGCAGGAGAGAUGUGUAAUAAAGGAGCUACUGCAAACUUGAAACUACAACUAAGCAAAGCAUAUAAGGAGGAGGAGCUUUACUGGAGCCAGAAAUCAAGAAGUAGGUGGCUCAAAGAAGGGGACAAAAAUACAGCCUAUUUCCACCUAAGUGUCAUGGCAAAAAGGAAAAGGAACAGGAUUAGUAUGCUUCAGAAGACAAAUGGUGAGUUGUGUAGGGGCGAACAGGAAAUUGAAGAGGAACUAAACAAGCACUAUACGGAACUCUUCACCUCCACUGAUUCCACAGAAUUUGAUGAAGUGCUGCAAGGCAUACCUCACACUAUUUCCAAUCUUAUGAACGAGCAGUUGAUUAAACCAGUGGAUGAGAGAGAGAUCAAACAAGCUAUUUUUUCUAUGUUUCCUAACAAAGCUCCUGGAGUUGAUGGCUUUUCUAAUUUACUCAAGAAAGCUGUGGAAAGAAAGCAACUAACUGGUAUCAAAAUCAGCAAAGACAGACCCAUGGUCUCUCAUUUGUUUUUUGCAGAUGACUCACUAUUGUGUUGCAAAGCAAGCAAAAAGGAAGCUCUGAAGAUAAAGGAAAUCAUCCAACAAUAUGGCCAAGCUACUGGACAGGUAGUUAAUUUUGAUAAGUCAGCCAUGUUUUUUGCUAGAAAUACUCCCAUCAUGAUUAGAAAAGAGAUUAGUGAGGUGUUGGACAACAUGAGGGAGGCUCAGAGUGGUAAAUAUCUAGGCCUCCCUAUGACUAUUGGGAGAGCUAAAAACCAGGUUUUUGGGUAUUUGAAAAAUAAAAUUCAUAGCAAGUUACAAGAUUGGAAACAUAAGAUGCUUAGUCAAGGGGGUAAAGAGAUACUGAUCAAAUCUGUUAUCAUGACCAUGCCUAAUUAUAUCAUGUCGUGUUUCAAACUUCCUAAAUGUAUGUGUAAGGAGAUUAGUGCUAGAAUUGCUAGAUUCUGGUGGGGGGUGGGGAAAGUGAUAACAAAAUGCAUUGGGUCAGAUGGAGUAAGCUUUCAGAAGUCAAAGGGAGAGGGGGGGUUGGGCUUUAGAGACUUGGAAGCUGUCAAUUUAGCUUUGCUUGCAAAACAAAUUUGGAGGAUCAUCACUAAUCCAAAUUUGUUAGUAAGCAAAGUUUUGAAAGCUAAAUACAUGAAAGAGGAAGACUGGCUGGAACAACAGCCCCCUACCACUGCUUCUUGGUGCUGGAAAAGUAUGCACAAGAGGGGAGAACUACUUCAACAAGGCUUAUGGAAGAGAGUGGGAGAUGGAAGGACAGUGAAGAUUUGGCAAGACGAAUGGAUACCUGGUUCGAUCAAUGGACGAGCAUCAACUGCAAGACCAACAGGAUGCUAG